UUUUAUUUUAUUAGUUGAAAUUUGAAAAGUAUUAAAUUAAAAUUAUGGGACGUCAUACCGUGUCAUGCGUUUAUAAAUAUUUUGUGUACGAUAAGAAAUCUAACGAGUCAGUAUGUAAAAGUUGCAAUGGAAAAAUAAAAGGAAAGCAUGGGACAAAUUUGAAAAGACACCUGAGUUCCCACCAGGAUGUAUAUGAAGAGAUGUUUGUUAAAGAUACAGAUAUAAAAAAAUCUUCUACCAAAUUAACACAUCUGUUAUCAAAGCACACGAAAAACUUUUUUAUUUUUCUAUACCUGAAGUUAAAGUUAACAUUAAUAUGCAUACAUUAAUCAGCGCCUGUGUAGAUUUAGUCACUGUAAAUGGGCGGCCAUAUAGUGUACUAAAUGAUAGUGGUUUCAAAAAAAUUAUAAAUCCAAUUUUAGAUGGUUUAGAUAAAAAAGUGGCUAGGCAGUAUGUACAUGAAGAAUCAUUAGCCAUACAAAAAGAAAUUCGUACUGAAGCUUUUACCAAAGCAAAACUAAUAUCAUUAAAACUUGAUGCUGUGACGAAACUAAAUCGAUCAUUUUUGGGAAUUAAUAUACAAUACAUUGUGGGUGAUUAUAUCAAGCUCAGAACUCUUGCCUUAAUUGAGCUUACUCAAUCACAUACAGGUUUUUAUUUAAAAGAAAUUAUUUUAAAUGUCUUAAAAAAAUACAAUAUUGAACAUGAUCAAAUUUAUACCAUAACAUCUGACAAUGGGGCUAAGUUAUAAUAUUUUUCGUAACCACGGACAAUAUUAUUUAUUUAUUAAUUUAUUAUUGAAAAAAUUAACUAUAAGAGUUAUUAGUAAUUAGUUUUCUUAUAUUAUAAGAGUUAUUAUCAGUUCAUUAUAAUUUAUAUACCGAUGAGAUUUCAAAAUUUAAGCCGACGAAGCAAUAAAUAAAGUUUAAUAAAAUAAAUUGAAGUUCAAUUCGAAUUAAUCUUGAAAACACGUGGCCGUAUUCUCUAUAUAAGAUACGAUCAUAAUACCUACCUACUUCGUUAAACUAUUCAUAACAUUUCACCGUACAAGUGAAGACUACCAAAUUGGAUCGUCGGAUCGACCCACCGCCGGAAUCAGGUCGUCUUUUUUUUCUUUUUAUAUAUAUAAAUUGUAUACUUUCUGGUAAGUUAAAAAACUGUGUAUAUUAGAUAUUAUAAUUUUGUAGUAUUAUUAUUUGUAUUAUUUAUUUAUUUAUUUAUACUUCAUUAUUAUUAUUAU